AUGGCUGGUAGAAAUGAUUGUGCGAUUGCUGAUGCUCUUCAAGCAUUAGCACAAGCUAUGAAUAAUAACAAUAGUGCUGGAGUCUGGGAAGGAGCACUUCGAAGGAUGAUUGAUGGAGGGGUGCACUUGAAUUGGGACAACUUCAAGAAGGCCUUUCUUGAGAAGUAUUUUCCGAAUGAUGUAAGGAGUUGGAAAGAAAUGGAAUUCCUUGAACUGAAUCAAGGGAACGACACAGUGGCAGAGUAUGCUGCCAUAUUUGAUGCUUUGACUGCAAUUAACUAUCAGGAGAUAUAUCACUUUCCCACUCUGGUCAAUAAGUGCAGCAUUUAUGAUCGUGACAACCGUGCUCGUGCUACUUUCUAUAAAGGAGUUGGAGGUCUUAUCCGUGUUGUAAGUUCUAGUACUUCAGGUAGGAGUAAGCCUUACUCCGCUCCUACUAGAUUUCAAGGGAGUAAAGCUGUUGCUAAUAAAAGCAAGUCAUUUAUUAGAGUAUCCACUGUCAGUGCUACUAGAAGUGUUGGAGGGUCUGUGUCCACUCCUUUAGAAAGAUGCGGGAAGUGUGGACGUGCUGGUCAUAAUCAGUCUGAGUGUCAUGACAAGGAGAUUACCUACUUCAACUACAAUGGUAAAAGUCACAUCAGCACCCAAUGUCCUGAACCAUCAAGAACACGUGUUAUUGGAUCGGGUUCGCAAAUUGAGCGUCCAAAGAAUAUAGGGAGAGUAUUUACUCUUAGUGGUGCUGAAGCUGCUCGGUCGGAAAAUUUGAUACAAGGUACUUGUUUCAUAGCUGAGACUCCUUUUGUUGUACUAUUUGAUUCUGGUGCAACUCAUUCCUUUAUUUCUGUCUCUUGCGUCCAAAAAUUGAAUUUGCCUGUGUCUUUGUUAGAUUUUGAUUUAGUUGUUGAAACCCUACUAAUGGUCACGUGA